AAUAUCUUGGGAAUUAACCCAAUAUUAACUAGUGAAGACUGAAAGAGUCACAAAUCACAACUACAGAACUACUCAUCGAUUGACGCAAGUACCCUUGCUAAUGUUUGAAAAUUGCAAAUAUGGAACUGGGCGCCACGCAGAUACGAGACGAGGCGAGAGCGAGUGAGCUCCCAAUCUGUGUGUGAACUCCCCAGUUGGGGAAAGACGGAGCAAUAGCGAAAAACCCCUAAUCCCCCCAAACUAAAUCCCUAGGUUUUCUCCUCUUCUAGCAGCAGCAGCAGCAACCGGCGGCCGGUAAACCGUCGGAAGGAAGGUGAGAUGGAUCAGCCUGGAGAUCACGAGUAUGACCAGGAGCACGAGGAAGAAGAGGUUUACGGCGGCGAAAUUCCUUAUGAGGGAGACAUGGAAGACGACGUCGACAUGUCUUCCAGACCUGAAGAGGACGAGAACACUGAGCGCAGUGCCAAGGAAUUGGAGGACAUGAAGAAGAGGCUGAAAGAGAUCGAAGAAGAAGCUGGUGCUCUUCGUGAAAUGCAGGCUAAGGUCGAGAAAGAGAUGGGCGCUGUCCAAGACUCCUCGGGUACUUCUGCAUCUCUGGCUGAAAAGGAGGAAGUGGACGCCCGCUCAAUCUAUGUUGGCAAUGUAGAUUACGCUUGCACUCCAGAAGAAGUUCAGCAGCAUUUUCAGUCUUGCGGAACUGUCAAUAGAGUGACAAUUUUGACAGACAAGUUUGGUCAACCUAAGGGUUUUGCAUAUGUCGAGUUUGUGGAAGUGGAUGCUGUGCAGAAUGCCCUCCUGCUAAAUGAAUCUGAACUGCAUGGGCGUCAAUUAAAGGUCUCUGCUAAGAGAACAAAUAUUCCUGGCAUGAAGCAGUUCCGUGGAAGGCGGCCCAACCCUUUUUUCAGAUCCCGAAGGCCUUUCAUGCCUGUUCCCUUCUAUCAACCAUAUGGGUACGGGAGGGUUCCCAGAUUCAGGCGGCCAACACGGUACAGACCAUACUGAUGCCCCGGUUAUGGGUGGUGGUGUGGCCUAUGCUCACGGGGGAAAGAAAAAGGAGUAGAGUUUGCGUUGGUGAUUCUGUAACUGGCCUUCAGAUAAUAUUUCUAUCGCUGGGAGCUCGCUAUGGAUGGAUAAGAGAUUUUGCAUUCAUAAUUUGAGGUGGUGGGGAAUGGCCCAUCUCUCUGUUUUGAUAUAAUGGAGCUCGGGGAGGAGAUUUAAGUGAGAUCAAUCUAUCUCUUUGUGCUGGAGAGGGCUAGUUGAGAAGUGCCAGAAGGGGUAGAGUAAUGCUGUGACCAUUUCCUAUAUUUCUGUUUUAGAGGAUUCUCAACGAGUUUGGAUAUUGGAUUCGAGAGAUGGAUGUGCUUGUUUCCAGAUGUUAACAUUUUAUACUCCCGCUUCGUUUCUCUCUUCUGCAGUCAUGUUUCCAGAUGUUAACAUUUUAGCUAAUGUCUUCUGCGGUGACUCUUUGUAUCGGACCUCAAAAUUCACGCAUAGUCAUGGAAGUUGGAUCGAUUCAAUGAGUUUCCUAUCAUGUGAUACGUAAGGAAUUUUCAAAAUGCAUCUCAUAGUGGUCACAAUUCACAAAUGUAUUGAAGUUUAUAGAAUUCAUUGUGAAAAACCCUGUACGGUAGAAGUAAUAUACAGUUGUUUUGAUU